AUGUCAGGAGUAUAUUCUGUCGACGAUCUGUUGAAACUGCGAGCAUCGCCUUUGAUAUGCAGACCUUCGAAUCUGCCACCUAUCGAAGAAUGGAUGGGAGCACAAGAUACCACUGCCAGGAGACCAACAACAACCCGAGGAAAACCGGAUGAGCCAGCUGUACAAAUCGAGGCUUUCCAAAAACGACCUGCAUUAUUAGACACUCAGCGUCGAACAACUACUGAUCCAGACAGAAUCGUCCUAGGCCCACCUCGUCGCUCCUUUGCUUCUUCUAACGCGCGCGCUGCUGGCAAAGGCCCAGAAGGCUUGGAGGAGUCAAACACAAGAGACAGGACAUCCUUCCACGAAAAGUCGAGAAAUGGCGACUUGCCGGAAUCAAGACACCAUGAGCGACGGAACACACAGACCAAUGGGAGACAAAGCAAUCGGCAAGAGGGGGAAGAUAUCGAGUCUGCACAUCGUCGCGAUCUCGAGCGCCGACCCAAGUGGGCCGGAAGAGACAAGAACGAUCAAGCACUAGAGGACGAGGAGGACUACUCGCGAGCGGGUCUUCGACGGGAUCGGGGAAAACUAUCACAACCAUGGUUCAAAAAAGAAAACCCAGAGGCUGUGGAGGAAGUCGGAAGAGACGGCGAGCGACCACAAGAUUGGCGCCGCGAUCGUCGAGACAGGGAUUGGGAUCGAUCUGGGAGAGUCGAAGCUGAGCCUGAAUGGAUGGAUGCUGCGGAGCCCGAGGAGCCAUUCCAGGUCCGUACUCAAGAGGACUUUCAACGAUGGAAAGAAAAGAUGAAGGCUGGCACAGCCACGCCGACAGAUAGGGUCGAGCAGUCCGCACCCACGGAAGCUGUACAGGGGAUCUCGGCCACAAAGAUCGCCUCCCCGGAACCAGAUGACUCGAUGGACAAAUUCUUCGCCCGAUUCGAGUCCAAGGGACAGGAGCAGAAGGCUGCCACCGUUAAGAUGCAUGGAAAGACUCGAUUUGCCUCGCUCUUCAGUCCUGCGACAGAACAGAACAAGCAAGUCGAAGCACCUCCACCAAUGCCAACGUCAGAAAGACCUUCAUCAGCUCAGCUGCCAGGCCCCUCGGCAGAUGCAGAUCAAGCUGGCUUCGCCCGCAUUCUGGAAAUGUUGCAGACUCGUAGCAACAACCCUACCCCUCAAUCACAGGAUACUGCGAAGCCGCGAACACCACUGUACGCCAGAGGGUCUGAGCCGAGGCCAGAAAUGCAAGGACGGCCAUCAUCUCAGAGCUUGAUAUCUAUUUUGACUGGCCAAAAUCUACCUCAACAGCAAGAACCGACUCCUAUGAGUCAGGACAGAUUUGUAGAUUCUGGCUCCGCGGCUCCGCCACCCGCACAUACACGUCAGCAGCCCAGCAUCAACAAGGAUGAGGUCCUGUUGAACCUGCUACGGCAAGCCAGCCUUGCACCGAAGCCUGAGCCACCCAACCCUCAUCAGCAAUCUGGAUUGGGCAUGUAUGGUAUGCCAGGAGAUCCAAAUGCUCGCGCCGCAGGAAGAAAUCAGAUGAUAUCUCCAAUUCAGGGCCAAGGUCCAAUGCCCGGUCAACGACGUGAGAAUAGCCGGUCGAUGUUCGACGACUCUCCUGUAUCCAUCUACCCGAAAGAAGCGGCACCACGCGAACAUAAUCAACGACGCCCGACCGAGGGUACACAGUCUGGACAGGAAGACCCUUUGAUCGCUUUGCUGCGUGGCCAAGCUCCACAGAGACCAAUGCAACCACAAGGUCCUCCUGGUCUUCAGCGACCCCCAGGACUAGACCAGGUUCCUCGACCUGGUCAAGGUUGGCCCGCACAGCCACCGCAACCCCAGCAACCGCCCCAACGCCAAACAUCACUUCCGCCCGGAUUGCCGGCCGUUCCUCGUGGCAUGGCGGGAGCACCGUUUGGUCAACCACAACAAAUCCCGAGCCAACAGAACGUUCCACCACCCCCGCCACAACAGCGAGCACAGCAGCAACGCAAAUACACCGGAGAAUCGUCAUCGGCGCCAGGAAUGCCGAACCUUCCCCCAGGCAUGUAUCCUCCCCCAGGCUUUAUGAACGCCGGUCCUCCACCUGGCUUUCCGGGUGCCAUGGCCAACCAUCCUGCUAGAUACCAAGGCGAACCAGGUCCGCAGGGUGCGAACCGUGGAUUCAUGGAAAUGUACGGUGAAGUCGGUGGCAGAGGAGUGGGGUUGAGGGGAGGUGCCGGGAAUGGUCCUAUGCCCCCUUUCAGAUAG